ACCCCAGCUAAAUUCGGAGCCUACCCAAGUCAACUUCCAGAACUACCGUUUUUACCUUUAAUCGCCAACAAGCUACCAUUCUUCCCUGAGAGAGGAAAAACUGGGAAAACUCUGAUCACCAAACUCCAUUUCUUUUUCUUAUAUUCCUAACUUUCACCCAAGUCCCAAUUCUUUACAUCCCUUAAUCCAAUGAGAAAUGUCUAAUUCGGACGAUGAAGGUUUCGGGUACUGGCUUAGAUGGCAAGUUCCAGUGUGUGCAUUUAUCAUCGUAGCCCCAUCUCUUUUAGCUUCAUAUGUCAUCAAGAAAGUUAAAACAGACCCAUUAUUUUUUGAUGAUUUUUGGAAGCCACAGUGGAGAAAGCUCAACCCCUGCUGGCUUCUAUGCUAUAGAGCUUUUGCUUUUGUGUGCUUGGCUUGGAUACUGUAUGAGAUUGUUGCCUUGGAUGGAGCUUUUGCUUUCUAUUUCUACACUCAGUGGACAUUUGCAUUGGUUAUGGUCUAUUUUGCGCUGGGGACUGUCAUAUCUGCUUAUGGAUGUUGGGUGUGCUUAAGUACACCUCUUCCUGAAAAUGGUGCAAGGGAUGAAUUUCUGAAAAGAGAUGUCGAAGAGGGUAGGACUGCAAACCCUGUAACUUAUCAGGAAAAAGAUGUCAGGGGUAAAAUCAAACUGCAGAGUCACUAUGCUCAGGAGGAGUUUCAACAAAGAGCAGGGUUUUGGGGAUAUCUUAUGCAAACUAUAUAUCAGACCUGUGGAGGUGCUGUCAUCCUGACAGACAUUGUAUUUUGGUGUAUUAUUGUUCCAUUUUUGUCAAACUCACACCUUGGACUGAACAUGUUAAUGGGCUGCAUGCACACUUUGAACGCUGUUUUUCUUGUAGUAGAUACCGUUCUCAAUAGCCUUCCCUUUCCUUGGUUCCGGCUAGCAUAUUUUGUUCAGUGGAGCUGUUUGUAUGUUGUUUUUCAGUGGGUCCUUCAUGCCUGCGGUUUUACAUGGUGGCCAUAUCCUUUCCUUGAGCUUGAUACGCCAUGGGCUCCUUUAUGGUACUUUGCCCUGGCUGUGGUUCACAUCCCCUGCUAUGGGAUAUAUGCACUGAUUGUAAAAGCCAAAAAUUCGAUCCUCCCAAGAUUGUUCCCUCAUGCUUUUGUGAGGUCAUACUCAUACUAGUUUCUUUCUUUAUUUAUUUCAAAUCCACUGCUUUGGAUGUGGUAAUCUGCUUUGAGUGUAUGCUUAUGUAUAUGAAGACGGGGGUUUUGCUUCCAUUCCCUCUGCAGAUUGUGGUUUAUACACCUUUUGUUGCAUAAUUUUAACACUUGGACAAGUACUCCAGCAUUCCUACCAAAAUCAAAUUAUAUCCUCCUGAUUUUUUGGGCUUA